CACACGCACGCACACAAGACACACAAUUUGAGCCUCGUGGUUUCACGGCAAGGACGGGGGAGCCUCGUGCUGCAGAGGACAGACUGGGAAUCUCAGCUCUCUGAUUUCUGCAGGAGGAACAGCAGAGGAGUCUGGAUGAGAUGAUUCAGACCGGCAGUCUCUCCCUCUCUCGCCACUGGCUGGAUCCCCAGACAUCCAACCAGCCAGAGCCUAUCUGAUGAGAUUCAGUCACCAAGGCCACCUGCAAAGUUGUAUUGCAGUUUCUUGCCCAAAGGCACCAUGGGAAACAUAGUCCAGUUCUGUCACACACUGUCAACAUACUUUAAGUGUAAGGACGCACCGGCCCAUGGUGAGGCGGAAAGAUCCCCUCUGCUGUCCAGCGAAGAUGGCGAAUGGGAAUCGUCCAGCAUGCCGGACGACUUGGAGGACGAUCUGUUAACCCUCUCCCUCGGUGGGAAAAACCCUGCCCUCGAACCCGAGCACUUCCUCUUUCCUGACAUCGUCCUAAGCAGCAACUUGGGAGAGGAUGUGAUUCUGGUGGAGCCGAUGGUGUGUCUGCUGGUGUCCGAGGAGGAAGAGGGAGCGAGGCUGGGCGGGCCGAGAGAUGAAGGACAAGAGAGGAGCGACAGGUGGAGAAACGCGUGGUUUUCGGAGGCUGAGACACAGACUGAGGUGGAGACACAGAUUGGCACGGGGGUGCAGACUCAGACAGAGUCACAGGCAGAAAUAAUCUGCAACGUGGAGAGAGAAGUAAACACGCGAAGAGAUACUGCUUCAAAAGAGACGGUUGUGGAAGAACAUGAGCUACAGAUUCAGGCGGGGGUGCUAACAUCUCGAGACAGAGUCACGAAAACGGCAUCAGAGACACAAAAGAAAAGGAUGGACUCUGGAACCUGGGCUGACAUGGAGAUUUGUAAUCAACAGACAGAGAGAAACAAACUGGCCUUUCGAGAUGUAGACAAGAAAGCCCAACAGAGAGAACUGAUAGAGAGUCACAUCCACGAGGAACUCACCCCCGAUUCAACAGAGAGUGUAUUUAAAACCAAACUAAAUACCGAGGAGUUGAACACCGAUGAAGGGAAAGUCUUUAGGUUGCAACAGACAACUGUUGCUGCUCAGGGAAACACAGACUCUGUUCAGAGUCCUCAGGAUACUGAGCAGUCGGGACAGCCCACUGUGGAGUCGGGUCAGAGUGUAAAUGAAAAGGUCUGUGACGUCAUCCACACAAACACAGACGUGAAUCUGUCCGAGGACCGCACGCAUCAGCGGGAUUUAAAUGCAGAUCCCAUUCAGGGCCCCGACCCAGUGAAGAGAGAAGAGGGCGGCCACAACAGGACCGCUCCGCCACACGAGGAGGAAGAGGAGGAAGAGGCCAAGAUGAAGCAAGCCUUGUUUUUAGUCGACAGGCUGUUUGUGGCAGCGCCACAUGCUAAAGCACCUCCCAGUCAGACUGAAGAAAGCCCCGAGGACGACCGCGGACGGGAGUGUGACGCUGAUAAAAGGAAACUCAGCAUCGAGGACGUCGUCGCUCUCCAAGAGACAGACUUCACUGUCCGGAUUCAACCUCCUGGAAAAGAAAGUUUUGAGCUUCAGGUGUCAAGCCAGAUGUUGGUGGCCGAGCUGCACCAGGUGCUGAUGGAGCACGAGAUCAGCUGCCAUUGCACAUGCUUCUCCUUCCAGCUGGGAGGCAUCGCCCUCGACAGCCUCACAGAGCUCCGCUCCAUCCAGAGCAUCCAGGACGGAGCGCUGAUCAAGGUGGUGGAGGAUCCUUACACCGUGCGCGAUGCUCGUCUUCAUCUCAGACAUGUCCGUGACCUUCUGAGGAGCCUGGACCCAGCAGAUGCAUACAACGGAGUGAACUGCAGCUCACUCUCGUACCUCACCUUUUACACAAGAGGAGACCAGGACGGUGACAGCGUGGGGAACAGGCGAGCUUCUGAAAAGGAGUCUGCCAACUUCAGCCCCCCAGAAUACAUCCUCCCUGGAUGUAAAGACCGACCACUGACUCCACUGCAGCCACUCAGAGAUGACUGGAAGCCAUUACAGUGCCUGCGGGUUCUGACCAUGAGCAGCUGGAACCCUCCUCCAGGAAACAGGAAGAUGCACGGGGACUUAAUGUACCUCAAUGUCCUGACUGUGGAGGACAAAGAACUCAACAUCACAUCCUCAACUCGGGGCUUCUACCUCAACCAGUCAACGACCUUCAACUUCAACCCUAAACCUGCACUUCCCAAAAUCCUUUGCCACUCUCUAGUUGAGCUGCUGAGUCAAGUCAGCCCUGCUUUCAGGAAAAACUUCAGUGCCCUGCAGAAGAAGAGAGUCCAGCGACACCCUUAUGAGCAGAUCGCAGCACCUUUCCAGGUGUUCACCUGGGCCGCCCGUCACGGAGACCACACCCUCGACUGUGUCGGAGCGGAGGAGACGCACACCAGUCGCAUGGGCCAGGACGAGCACACAGCCGGGCAGAGCCGGGACUGGAAUGAGGAGCUGCAGGGAUGCAGGGAACUGGCGAGGAACUCCCUUCAGGAGCGCCUGCUCAGAGAGAGGAGCAUAUUCAAGACAAACAGUGACUUUGUUGCCGCUGCAACACGAGGUGCUGUCGCUGUGAUCGACGGUAACGUCAUGCCGUUAAACCCCGGGGAGGCGCCUCACAUGCAGAUGUUCAUCUGGAACAACCUGUUCUUCAGCCUCGGGUUCGACGUCUCCGAGCACUACAGCCCCCUGGGGGGCCACACUGCUGCUCGCGCUGCUGCCACCUGUGACCUGAGGGGAGCUCAGGCGUACGCAUCCGUAGACGUGGAGGGUCUUCACACACUCGGGACGGCUGUGGUGGACUAUCGGGGCAUCCGUGUUAUCGCUCAGACCAUCGUUCCUGGGAUACUGGAGAAGAAUCAGGAGCAGAGUGUUGUCUAUGGCUCUAAUGACUAUGGAAAAACUGUUUUUACACACCCCAGGUUUCUGGAGCUACUGGAUAAAACCAGUGAACCGCUAAGAAUCCAACGUCACCAGGUGCUCGACCACAGCAACAGCCCAGUGGAGCUUUGCUCUGGCAUCGAGACCAAAGGCAUCCUGGGUAAUGACGGAAGACCAUACAUUUUGGACCUCCUCCGAACCUUCCCCCCUGACCUUAACUUCCAGUUCCCAGAGACAGAGGAGAGGAGGGAGGUGCCGCAAGAGUGCCUGAUCUUUGGUUACCCACGGCGACACCAUCACAGCCUGGCCAGUCUGAGACCAGAGCUGAUGGAGGCCUUCGUCCAGCAUAGGUAUGAACUUUAUGUCAAGAUGGUGUCCCAGGAUCUCAUCCAAACAGAAGAACAGGAUAAAGCCUUGGAGCAGAAUAUUGGGGAUACAACCACCUCUGUUGUUGAUAUGGAAUUUCAGAGAAGAAAUGUGAUUAUGAAAGCCUGCGAGGCCGUCGGAUCCGUGAGCGACUCCUCCUUCGACAUCCGCUUCAACCCUGACGUUUGCUCUCCGGGUGUUUGUUUCCCCUCUGAGUGUGUGGAGGAGGUUCAGAGGCAGAGGCAGCUGUUAUGGGACGUGGCUGCUUUUCUAUUGGCCAAUCAGAUUCCAGCAGUGCUCAGGGACUGUCUCGACCACUCAGCGGUGCCGAUGGAUGGGACCCUGACCUCAGUGCUACAUCAGCGGGGUGUGAACGUGCGAUAUCUGUGCACCGUAUUGGGGGAGCUGGACAGGGUGGAGGACGGAGGAAGACUCAGCCACAUACGGAGAAUGUGUGUCAGUGAAGUCAUCAUCAGAAGUGCAAAGCACAUCUUCAGGACAUAUCUACAGGACGUGGAACCUGCAGCUUUCUCAGCUGCUGUCAGUCACUUCUUAAACUGCCUCCUGAGCUCCUCCUGCUUCGCAGACUUCUGCUCCGAUGAGCUCGUCUCUCGCCGCAGGAGCCGACGGCGGAGGAGCAACGGGGGUCGAGUCCCCCUGCUGACCGACAGCGUGUGGGCCAAACUGACCCCCAGCGAGCUGUGGGGCCGCAUCAGGACCGAGGCUGGGGAUUAUUACCACUACACGAUAGACAGUGACAGUAUGGAUGAAGUAAUAAAGAAGCACAGCCUUCAGAGGAUCUCGCUCCUGAGAGAGAUGGCCAUCAAGACAGGCAUCCAGGUGCAGCUGAGGGAGUAUGUGUUUGAGUCUCGACACAGGCCGGUGUUUGCUGAGGAAGAUGUUGUCAACAUGUUCCCGGUGGUCAAACAUCUCAAACCCACAGCAACAGACGCCACGAGGCUUGUGCAACGCGCACAGGUGGCAGGCCAGCGGGGGCUUCUCAAAGACAGCUAUGAGUUAAUCAGCCAGGCCCUGACUCUGUUCAGCGGCGUAUGUGGUGUCCUGCAUGAGGACGUGUGCGUGUGCCUGCGUCUCCUGGGACGGAUCUGCUACAUCCUGGGGGAGUACGCUGAUGCCUUCAGCCACCAGGAAAAGGCUGUGAUGAGUAGUGAGAGAAUACAAGGUAUCGACCAUCCACAGACCAUACAGGACUAUACUUACUUGGCUCUGUACUGCUUUGCUGGCGGCCGGCAUUCGACCUCCCUUCAGCUUCUGUAUCGCGCACGGUACCUCAGCCUGCUCGUGAGUGGAGAAGACCAUCCACAAGUCGCACUGCUGGAUAGUAUGCUGGGUCUAGUGCUUCAUGGCCUGAUGGAGUAUGAGCUUUCCCUGAAGUUCCUAAAGAAUGCCUUAACGUCAACUUCAAAAUACCACGGUGCCACGUCCCUGAAGCAUGCACAAAGCCAUCAUCUGCUUGCCACUGUGUAUGAGAGUAAAGGAGAUUUUCGAUCAGCUCUGCAACACGAGAAAGAGGCCCUUUCAAUAUAUAAAAGCCAGUUUGGAGAGGACCAUGACAGUACGAAGGAAAGCUCAACGUACCUAGAGAGCCUCACUCAGCAGGCUGUGGCUCUUCAGAAAGCCAUCAACCACAUCUACAGGAACACACCUGCCUGUGUUCCACCUUCAAAGUUUUCCACACCCAGCUUUACCACAAUCCUUCAGCAGCUCAACCUGACAUGUGGAAUCAUUCUCGUUACCUUCAGUGCAAAAGAAUUUGCAGACCUGAGGACUGAAAUAAAAGGAUAGGAACACGUUGAAUGGGAGAGCUGGAAAAAGACUUAAGAACUGCAGACAGCAACCCUGAACUAUGGACAAAAAGGACUAAAGCAUCUGUUUAGUCACUCUCAAACUCCUGAAACUGGCCGUGGACAAUGAGUAACAAUGGCAAUUGUAAACCUGGCACAUUGAUGGUGUUAACACAUUUAUCUAACUUAGAAAAACAAAGCCAAGAUACAAACAGACGCAGCACUCUCCUUUUCGAGGAGGAGUUUGUUCUGCUGUUGUCAGCAGAGGAGAGAAGAGGUGUAUGACUAAUUCAAAUAUGUUGGAUCCACAUAUGAAUAUCACAUGUAAACUAUUUUUCUUUUCAGACACUUGUAUAAAACCUCUACACUAAAUCAAAGUAUAUUGCUAGAUAAAGAGACAAGUACAGCAUGUUAGGCCUACUUCUACUGAGACGGCAACAGUGUAUUCACAUGUCUUAGAUUUUUUUAAUGAUCUUGCAGUCCCCUGUGUGUCCACUGGGCUUCACAGUUGUACCAUGGACACGUCUCAUGACAUUCCGAAAUGAAAUUCUAAUUGUUUUGACUGUGUAUUAUCUGGCUAUUAUCGUUUAAUCCAUGUUGUUGUCAUUAAUAUCCAGGUGACUGUAGAAAAAUAAACAUCCAAGCAUCUUA